ACAAGCAGAAUAUUCUUGUCAUCCUGUCCACCAUCGUCUCACUUGGCCCUUCGACCUUGAAGCUACACAUCAGUGCCAACUAAAUUUUCUUCCAGAAGAUCGUGGACCUUCCGUUGAAGUUUAAAAAAUAAAAAACAUCACUGCAGAGGUUCUUCCUUAUCCCCAUUGGUCUGCAGGAUUGGUUACAAUGACUAAAAUAAAAUGCCAUUUUUCAUUGGUGACAACCCUGACAAUUGCAUCAUGCCUGAUCCAGUCAGUCCUUGGCUACAGCUACAUGAAUUGCAUUGACAUGUCUAACGUGAUUCACUGUGUUCACUGUGAAUUCAGAUGCCUUCAUCGUGGCACAAAGAACAUCAGUGACUUUGUGGAUGAUCUACCAAUCACAACAACUACACUCAAUAUUUCUCACAACAACAUCACAGCAGAGAUUCCAGAUUACAUUUUUUCUCACCUCCCAAAUCUCACCUAUCUGAAUCUGGAUAGCAAUAACAUCUCCAACUUCUCUGAAGACGCACUCCGCAAUCUUUUUCAAUUGAAGAACCUAAACCUUUCUGCCAACAACCUGAAUAGUCUUAAGCCAGGCCUUUUUCAAGACCUUGUCGGACUUAACCAGCUGAUCCUGUAUGAUAACAAUUUGAUGACAAUUCCUCCAGACAUUUUCAAUGGAUGCUCUAAGCUGAAUUAUCUCACACUCCGAAAGAACAUCUUGCAAAACUUCACAGCCAUUGCUUUGUCUGUUCAGAAUUUGAAGAAUCUAAGUAAAUUUGAUCUGGGCUUUAACAAACUUCAGUCACUUGAGCAUUCAGCAAGCCUGCCACCAUCGCUUAAGGAACUUUAUCUAACUGCCAACGAACUUCACACAUUAGGGUGCACGUCAGAGUUCUUAGAGCAUGUACAUGUGCUGGAUCUCUCAAACAAUUUCAAGCUGUCCUCUGUACAUUUCAAGGGCUUAAAUCUGAGUGAGAUUUCCCUUCUCCGCCUUAGACGCACCAAUGUGACUGUCCCAGAACUUCUCAAACUCGCCCCAUCUCUGAAGCCUGUACACGUGGAUUACUCUGGUUUGAAUCUGGGAAACAGCAGUAACGUUGGGAUCAAGUCCUUGUGCCAACUAUUAACGAACUCAUCAACAGAAAUGAAUAGACUCAUACUUCAGUCUAACAACAUCAUCAGUUUGCAACGUGAUCAAUUCAGUUGCCCCAAAAUCACUGGUUCCUUGGAUCUUUCAAUGAAUGGAUUGAAGACUGUGGGUUGCUUGGAGUUUCUUGAAGGCCAACGCUCUCUGCAGAACAUUUCAGUGGAGCACAAUCAUUUGUCAGAGCUGAAAAACUGCACAACCCAAUCAUUUUAUAGUGUUACAUUUUUAAGCUACCGGUUCAAUCGCAUUCUAAAGGUGAAUGCUGAUGCAUUUGCACACACACCUAAUUUGAAGACUCUCCAGUUGAACAUCAACAUAAUAGCCUAUCUGCACCCCAAAGCUCUGUGUAAUCUCACACAUCUAAUUACCUUGCGACUAGACAAUAACCUACUCACAGACCUAUACAAUGACAGUUUUAUUGAUCUACACAAUUUGACAACGCUCAACUUGCGCAACAAUCACAUUUCUGUGAUUUUCAACGACACAUUUCAGUCCCUAAAAAAACUCCAUAUUGUGGAUUUAGGAGGUAACAAAAUCGCUCAAUUCCAAAAACGUGCAUUCAAUGGACUUGAAAGCCUUGAGAAUAUUUAUCUUGACGGUAACCGUAUCACACAGAUACAGCUCAAGAUAUUUGCCAAGCUCUGGCCUACUCUGAAAAUUCUGGACUUGCAGCACAAUUACAUAGAAUAUCUAGAAAGGAAGACCACCUCCCCAUUUGCUAAAUUAUCAAAUCUUACAACUCUGAAACUGGAUAACCAGCAACCAUAUGGAAUAAUGUUCCUACCUCAGAAUUUCUUCUCUGGGCUGACAUCACUGACAGCACUUUCACUUAAAUAUAAUGGAAUCAGUGGUUUUGGAUCAAACACCUCUCAUGACUUGACUAAUUUGCAGUGGCUUACUAUUGACUACUCAGGUGUCGGUGUGAAACCGCUACCGGCAGGUAUAUUCAAACAUUUGAAAAAACUACAAUCUUUAGCAAUAGAAAACAUGGGCAUUGAUGUCAUAUCAGAGCAAGUAUUUGGAAAUCUGACGUCACUGCGAAAACUAAACCUGAAUCGCAAUGCCAUGUCAACAAUAGACCCUGCUGUGUUGGAAAACCUUCCCCAUCUCAACUAUGUCGAUUUGAGGGACACACCACUCGUUUGCACUUGCAACAACAGUGAACUCCAAAACUGGACCAAAAACAAUCGCAGAAUUCAGAUAGUCCUUUUAUAUAGCAUGACAUGCCCUCAUCAGUCUCAUACAAGUUAUUUUCACCAAUUUGACACCAAAGUGUGUUAUCUGGACAUUGGACUUUACUUCUUUGUCUCAACAAGCAUUGUGGUGCUUCUACUUACAACCCUACCCCUGCUUUAUGUUAAGCUCUACUGGAAGCUUAAGUACAGUUAUUAUGUGAUUCGGUCAUGGUUUGGGGAACAGUGGCGGCGUCUGCGUGACGAGGAGAAGAAAUGCCAAUACGAUGCCUUCAUCUCCUACAACUCAGCGGACGAGGAGUGGGUGCUGAAGCAGCUGGUGCCAAACUUGGAGGGGAACGGCUCGUCUCUCCGACUCUGCCUCCACCACCGGGACUUUGAGCCGGGGCGCUACAUCGUGGACAACAUUGUGUCGGCAGUGUACGGGAGCCGCAAGACCGUGUGCGUGGUGAGCCGGGACUUCCUGCGUAGCGAGUGGUGUUCGCUGGAGAUCCAGCUGGCCAGCCACCUCCUGUUCGACGAGCUGCGGGACGUGCUGGUGCUGGUCUUUCUGGAGCACGUCUCCGAGAGACAGAUCUCGGCCUACCACCGCAUGCGCAAGGUCAUGCUGAAGAAGACCUACCUGCAGUGGCCCGGCCUGAACUGCACCGACCCGGGCCAGGCCCAGGAGCUCUUCUGGACCCAGCUGAGAAGGGCUCUCAGGAGCAGCAGCAGCAGCAGCAGCAGCAGCACGCCCCAGGCAGACAAGGAGGGGGGCGAGGGGGGCAGAGACGGGGCUUUCACUCACAAAGACUCCAUGGCAUGUCUGUCACAGACAGAGGAUGUGAGAGAUAUCCCUGUGUGAGAUCUUAUAAAUGUGGAAUAUGCUCUGAAUUGAAGUGUGAUCAAUCCAAAAAGAAGAAAGAGGAAGCCAAAUAAUGUUUUUUGCAAUGUCUGAACAAAAUAAAGAAACG